AGAAGCACGAGCGCCACUGUAGAUCAACAGAAUGUGUGAAAGCUUGUGCAAAUGCAACGUUCUGUUUAAACUCUGGACUAUUUGCAGACUCUUCUGAAUAAGCUUGUGAUGCAUUGAUCAGUCCUCAUCAUGUCACAAACCACAAUUGAAAUCCCUGGACGUGGUUUUCCAGGUUUACCUGUUGAAUUAGAGGACGACUGUCUCACAAGAGUGCCAAUGCUGCGGACUCCCUCUCUGAGCGCGAGGAGAAACUCAUACGUGCUUCAUAAACUCAGUGUGGAUAUUGCCCCACAAAUAUACAACGAGACACUCUCCAAGGCGCUUUCAUGGUCUGCUGAAAACAUAUUAAUAUCAGACACAAGAACAGAAGAGGAUAAAACAGAACCCCCAUCUCCAAAUUCUCCAUCUCCUAUCUCCAGCCCAGAGUCUUCUACCCCCAACCCCAAUUCAUCACCUCCAGAAGACUGGAGAAGCUCUGUCGAGACUCCCCUGUCCCCGGCUGCUGCCCAGGAUGGCAGUUCAGAUUCAGACAAUGAGGUGUCCAAGGUCGUGCAAGUGGUGCAACGUCGUCCGUUUGUAAGCAGACUGGAACAGGAUGAAAAAGAGGACAUUGAGACCAAAGCUGUGGCUACCUCGCCAGAUGGAAGGUAUCUCAAAUUCAACAUUGAAAUAGGGAGAGGGUCAUUCAAGACGGUCUACAAGGGUCUGGACACCGAGACCACGGUGGAGGUGGCAUGGUGCGAGUUACAGACUCGCAAACUGACAAAAAUGGAGAGGCAGCGCUUCAGUGAGGAGGUUGAAAUGCUAAAGGGUCUUCAACAUCCAAACAUUGUGCGCUUUUAUGACUCCUGGAAGUCGACUGUGAAAGGGCACAAAUGCGUCCUCCUGGUCACUGAGCUCAUGACGUCUGGCACUCUCAAAACGUAUCUGAAGCGUUUUAAAGAAAUGAAACCAAAGCUUCUGCAGAGAUGGAGUCGUCAGAUUCUUAAAGGACUUCAUUUCCUGCACACACGCACCCCUCCCAUCAUCCACAGGGACCUGAAGUGUGACAAUAUCUUCAUCACAGGGCCCACAGGAAGUGUGAAGAUUGGUGACCUUGGACUGGCCACACUCAAACGAGCUAGUUUUGCAAAGAGUGUGAUCGGAACCCCAGAAUUCAUGGCUCCAGAAAUGUAUGAGGAGAAGUACGACGAGGCGGUGGAUGUCUACGCAUUUGGCAUGUGCAUCUUGGAGAUGACGACAUCAGAAUACCCAUACUCAGAGUGCCAAAACGCAGCACAGAUUUACCGCAAAGUCACCAGCGGAAUGAAGCCUGACAGUUUCUACAAAGUGAAAGUAUCAGAGUUAAAGGAAAUCAUUGAAGGCUGUAUCCGCAUGAACAAAGAUGAAAGGUAUACCAUCCAAGACUUGCUGGAGCACAGGUUCUUCCAGGAGAAUAAUGGUGUUCACGUCGAAUUGGCCGAGGAAGAUGACAUGGUCAAAUCCGGUCUCAAGCUAUGGCUUCGUAUGGAUGGCACCAAGAAACUCCACGGAAAGUACAAGGACAACAAUGCUAUUGAGUUCCUGUUUGAGCUCUACAAAGAUGUCCCAGAGGAGGUGGCACAGGAGAUGGUAGUUUUGGGUUUUGUAUGUGAGGCGGACUACAAACUGGUUGCCAAGGCGAUGAGAGAUCGCGUGACGGCCAUUAAGCGCCAGCGCGAGAAGCAUCGAAGGCAGGCAGAGGAGCAGCAGCAGCAAAAGAAGGAAAGAAUUAUUGAGGAGGAGUUUGAGCCUCCCUCACCCAAACCCAUUGGUCAGAUGCCUGAGAACCUCACUCCCCCUCCUGUACAGAUUCUGCCCACUACUCCAGUCCCUGAAUCCAUGUGCUCUCCUGUUAUUGCCUCAUCUGAUUCUGGGAUAAAUGGGACUUUUCCACCAGAGGCAGAGGAAACAGAGGCCGACCAGCACUUUCAUAUCCAGCAUACAAGCUGCUCUUCAGCAACCUCUGACUGUGAGACCGAUGGAUAUCUCAGCCCCUCGGGUUUACAAGAUGGCACAGAGAUUUCAAAUGCCAACAUCAUCAGCUCUCCAACUGUCCCCACGCCACAGGCCCCACCCACAGAGGCCAGGUCCAUCCCUACCACACCAAUUCCAGCUUUACGUUUCCCCUCAAGUAUUGCAGUGUCUGCUAACACUGAGAGAGGACCACCAAGCCCUUUCUCCUCACCUGUGGACAGUUAUGCUUCCGAUGUGACCUCAGGCUUAAGUGAUGGUUACGAGGGCCAAUCAGAGAGGGGGAGUAAGCAAGCUGGCAGACGGACAGCAUGCAAACUGUUUAGGAGGAGGUCUCGGUCUCGUCUACGCAUUACAGGGCUGUCUGAUAAAGUUGACCGAGUUGUUGAAUGUCAGCUUCAGACCCAUAAUGAUAAGAUGGUCACCUUCAAAUUUGACCUUGAUGGUGACAACCCUGAAGACAUUGCUGCAGUUAUGGUGCACAAUGAGUUCAUCUUGCCCUCGGAGAAAGAGGGCUUUAUUUACCGCAUCUGUGACAUCAUGAAACGGGCGGAGUCGCUGAUGAAGAAAGAUUCAUCAGGUCAUCAUGAAAGCUUCGGGGUCAAUCGUCCAUCUCAUCAUAAUACCUCCAACUCGCUGUCUAGUUCCCAGCCAAACCUUCACAGUCUGGAACAAACCCAUUCGUCUUCCUCACUACCAGCUGAGUUUGGCAGGGGCGCUGGGGCACUGGCCUCUCCUCCAAGAGUCAGCAGAGACAUUACCUCACCCGCACGCCCACUAUUGCGUUCACAGUCUUUCCAUAAUGCUCCAGGUUCUCCUCAUCCACAUCGUGUCCCGUCAGCUUUGGCCUACGCUCCUGAUCCCAGAAUGCUUAAUUCCAAACUACCUCACGUGCAGCAGUAUAUUCCCUCAUAUAUGAACAAUCCCACACAUUUUACCUUUCCAUACCCACCUCACCCAGGCUCCCCCAAACCUACCCACGCACCUCUAUCCCGCGUGCACAGCAAUCCAACUUACUCCCUCUCCGCUCCAGCAUCUACUUCCGGCUCCCCCGGUCCCUUCAGCUCAGACGUCUCAAGUCCCUUAUCUGACAUGUUGUCCCCCUCUCCCACACCUGCUCACACACCUCCAAUGUGGCCACCUCACACCCAACCCCUGUUUUCCCUGGCCAAUGUGCUUUCGAUGGCCAUGAGCAUGGCGCAUUCGUUUAUGCCCACUUCGAGCCUGGCACAGGCCAUGCCAUCUAUGGUACACACCAUACCCCCAGGCUACCAACCUCAGAUGACCCAACACACACCUCCUCAACCUGGAUAUCCACCGAUGUAUGCAUCCCAGUAUUCCCAGCCUGUACAAGGAGAGGUGCCGUAUACACCAGGGAUGGCUGAGUAUUACCAGACUAUGGAUUCUCAAUUUCGGAAUCAGGAAACUGGGAUAUUACCACCUUCUCGAGUUACUCCUACGUCUACUUCACCCGGUGUCAUUCCCAUUCCUGCUCAGCAGACAGCUUUUACUGUUUCUCAAGAGGGAAUACCGGGAAACGCACAGUAUACACAAGAAACAUACAAGGACUAUUCUUUGCAUCAUGAAUACAGAUCAACUUUUCCCAGGCACUUGCUGGACCAGCGGGCGAGCUCUGGGUCUUCAUCCGGGCUGUCGUCUUCCCCCCAAAACAGCGUAGCAAGCAGAGUAUCGUCAUCCAGUCCUAGAUCACUGUCCCCCCCUGCACCACCAGAGAGUACCACAGUAUUUCAGAGCCAAGAAAUCUCAUUAGCAUCUGAGACAAAGUCUAUUGUGACUGUGGGCCGUUUUCAGGUGUCCCCCAGUAAAGCAGUUCCUGCCCCAGCCAUACAGACAGACAUCGGAAAAACACACAGUAAAACAUCAACCACACCUUCUGCAGAAAAAGACAAUUUCAUCCGGCCACUGGAUCAGCCUUUGUCGACUUUUGCAUCUCAGGAGCAAAAUUGUCCAGCAGAAAAGACUCAAAAUGUCUGUGAAGCACCAUGUGAUUCAUCAGCUUCUGCUAAACAGUCGCAAAGCAAUCGGAAAGAAGAACAAGUUGGACGGGUUGCUCAAGAACAGGGUGAAGAACAAAAUGAUGAGAUCCCUUUAGAUAAGAAACACAAAAGGAAAAAGGUUCGCAGAGUGGAUUGUGGGACAAGUCUGUUGGGGACAUCUGUGGACAGUGGCUUUUCUGUUGCUUUGGACCCAGAAGGAAGGGCGUGGGAUGGCAACACAGGCAGCCCUCCAUAUCCCAGUCCUCUUCACAACCUCUGGACGAACUACACACGAAGCUCCUCCUACCUGAGCAGCGAUGAAUCAGAGAGUGAGGAUGAUGAGAUGUGGGGGGAGCUACAGGAUCUAAGGGAGAAGCAUAUGUGUGAGGUCCAGAGUCUUCAGGCGGUGCAGAAACGAGAGAUAGAGGAACUUUAUGCCAAGAUGGGAAAGGUUCCUCCCCCGUGCAUGGUCUCUCCAGCUGCUAUGCUCUCAAGCCGCCAGCGUCGACUAUCUAAAGGAGGAAACUUCCCUUCAUCACGUCGCAACAGCCUACAGAGAUUGGAUAUUCACCCUUUAACAGGUAUCAUGAGGAAAAAUUCCCUAAGUGGUCACAGUAGCAGUAGUUCCCAGGAGGGUUCACGGCCUACUAAAGGAGUAACGUUUGCUUCUGAUUAUACUAUAAUGUAAGAGUCCUUACCAAAACAACAUCAGACUACCUCACUGAUUUGUGACUGAUCCUGAAACACCUGAGACUGAAGCAAAAUAAUAUCCAUGGAUAAGCAGCCACAGAGGAGAGACUUUCAUUGGUUGGCCACAAUCGCUGUCCUCUCUCACAAUCUUUAGCGCUUGGACUGAGUGCCUGUGUUAGUCUCAGCCAGCCUCUCAUUGAACUCAAUACAGUCAGCACUGUAUCAUACACUGACAUUAUAUACAGUAAUACAGGGAAAACUGGAAGAAUAAACAGAAAAGGUUUCACAGCUGGUAAAAUGUGAUGUACAUUUUCUCAAGCAGAAAUUGCUGUGUGAAGGAUUGACUUAAUCUGCUUUAUUUGUGAAUAGCCAUUUUUUUUGGUGAGACUCUGCUGUAUGUGAUGCUGUUGUCAUGGGAUGAUGCUCAUUUAUGGCUCAGCACUGAAUAUAAUUCUUAACUGUCUUUUUGCACUUUUUAUCAAAAUAUACCCUGGAUAUGCAAACAAUGAGCCCUGAACAUGCAUAUAUCUACAACAAUAAUCCAUUAUUGGAUCAGUCCUGCUGUUUCUGUUCUUUUGCCUGUGUUUGUGCUGUUGAAAUUUCAACACCGACGUGUUUUUGUGACCUUAUCCAAAUCCAACACAAUAAUCACUAUAAACUUAGCAGAUCCGGAUCACAGACUCUUCAAUAUUUCAGUUUUUUCCAUUACCUGUUGCUUGACGUUUUUAGGAUUUCUUUUAUGACAACAACUCAAUGUGAAUUAAAAUAAUAGAUUACAGAUAAAUAUAAAAAAGAAAUAUAUUUUGAGGGUUGGUGGGUUUGAUGUUUAUGGCCCCAAGCUGUAUUUGGAUACUUAAGUCACACUUACAACGUAUGGAGGGUUUUUAUAUUAUACUAAAAUAUCAAUUUAUUUGAAACACUUUUAAAACAAUAGAUAUUAAUCCAUUCAAUUUUUUUACCCUAAGGGUUCGCAAGAGUGCCCUCUUUAUCCAGAUAGUACACACGCACUGACACAAGAAAAACAUGCAAACUCCAAUAGACCUCCUGAACAAUAGAUAUAAAAGAAGACAAUUUCUGGUUGUCAAACGUAAUAAAAACAUGUCUAUAAAUAAUGUGAACUCUGCUAGGGUGACUUAAGAGAAACUGAACUUAUUCACACUAAAAUAAUAUUACCUUGCGAUCAGUUAGGUAGAAGUAGUUACUGUGGGAAGUUAAUGUCACUUUUGAUAUUUAGUUAUUUAAUGCAGAUAUACACUUAGACAUCUCUACAUUUUUAUGUUUGACAUACAUGUCCAGAUACUUUUAGGGGCGAACUGUAUAUAUAUAUUUUGUUUUUUAUGAUUUAUUUUGCCUGCUUUGAGAUUUCUAUUCCUUGAGAUGCAGUACUUAACCUUUAUGUGGCAAAUGUAUAAAAAGCCCAUGCUUAUGUUCAUAUACAUAUAUAUUUUAAGUGUAUUAUUUUGACUAUGACUAUUUUAGAGAUUCAAAAGUUAAAACGCAAGUAUCAGCCAUAUAAAUGAUUAACAAAAAACCUUUCUGAAAAAACAAAACAUGUAUAAAUAUGCACACUGCACUUUGCAUAUGCAUAUGUUUCUGUUGUGAUGGCCUGCCGAUAUACAAACAGUACAGCAAAGACAAUAACAAACAGUUGGUUCCUAAUGUUUACAAAGGGCAGUCCAUUAAAGUUUUGUUUUUAUUAUGGUUAGUAUAAUCAAUGAUCAGUAAAGUAAAACAUUAAUGCUUUAUGCAGUCUGAAAGCAUUCUGUCUGUUGUAUUAUAUAUGGUAGUGUUACAGCUGCAAAUGAACUUAAAUUAUAUUCAGGAGGAAAUGAAAGAUGUAAAACAGAUGGGUAUUUUUAUAUUAAAAGUUGAAUAGGCUUUAGAUUUAGGCAAAUAGAUUUAGAUGGAGUUUUCUGUCAUGACGAUGUCUUGCACCUUUGCAUACAGAUUGUAACAUACUUCUGUCUUAAAGUGUUGAGUUUCACACAUGCAGUACAUAUGCCAGCAGGUUUUGAUUCCCCUAACCUGAGAACAUUCAUUAAUGGCUCAUUUAAAACUGUGAAAUUGUUGCCUUUAUAUAUACACUAUGAACAUACUGCUGAGGAAAGAGUUUUAGUCUUUUAUCGAUGCAAUUUAGAUUGGGGUGUAUGGGACUUCAUGGUGUUGUAAUGAUGGCUACAAUGUGCAUUGAAACACAUUGUGCCUUUUCUCCUAUGAUUAUGUAUCAUGUUCUAAAUCACAUUUGUACAUACAUUCAAUAAAUAUGAAUAAAAUCACUGUUAUUGGUUGAGCAUUUACUUCAAAAUCACAAUAAAGUGCCUUUGAGGCUUAUUAUAAACGUCAUUAUUUUUGAGGAGAUCUUAGAUUGUUUAAAAUACAUGUUGGUAAAGUUCCAGCACUUUUUAUGAAUUAACUACAAGCAAACCACAAUAUAUAAUAUGGACACAUUCAAAGUAAAUCUAACAACUAAGUUAUCUGGUCAAACUUUUAAACAAUACUAACUGGCACUUAUUUGUUUAUAAAGAAAUCAUCCAACUAUAUUUUGUUAACUUGAAACAAUCAUUUUUUUCUGAUAACUGGGUAAACAAGAUGACAAACUGCAAGAAAGUCAUACUCUCCCCUAUUACUGUGUACGAGAUCUACUGUUAUGUGUGUAAGAAAACAUUAAAAUAAUAAGAAAAAAAACUGCACGUUCACCCUGUCAUUUCAAAAUGAUUAAAAUGAGAAAAUGUAAAUGUAGAUACUUUCUGUACACAGCAUAUAAAAAUGGCAAAAAAGAGGGGAUGUGUAACAUCAGCAAAUACCUCAUAAUGACAGGGAGGACAGUAACAUCAGGAACACAUGCAAAAGUAUCAUAACAAAAAAUAACAAAUAAACAAAAUUUCUUGUUUCAUUAAUUAACUUUUAAAGAUUUGAAAAUUAUUUUUUAUUGUGUGUGAUUUUAUACUCACUGUAGUUAAGCGAGCAAU